CGAACUUUGCUCCACGGCCUUGCAAUUUCCCUUUUUUUUUGACUUUUUCCGCAUUAUUCUUUGCUUUGACUUCUCAGUCUUCUUUUUAUGUGAUCACCUCCUCACCUCCUCUUGAUCUCAAUCUCAAUCCACAGCUUCUCCAUCUUCAUCUUCAUCAUCAUCCACAAUGUCUAGUUUCAGUUAUGCUUCUGCUUUCAACUUAUCCGAAAAGUCUCCUCCUUUCAAUCCCGCCAUUGCUUCUUCUUCUUCUUCCUCCUCUGCCUUCGAUGAUGAUGAUACCGACGACGCUUGCAGCAUCUGCCUCGAGUCUUUCACUCCCCAGGACCCUGCCACUGUUACAAGUUGCAAGCAUGAGUAUCACCUUCAGUGCAUCAUUGAAUGGUCUCAGAGAAGCAAAGAGUGUCCUAUUUGCUGGCAAUUCUUUGUCCUCAAAGAUCCUCUCAGCCAAGAGCUUUUGGCUGCUGUGGAUAAGGAAAGGCUGAUGAAAACCACCAACAUGAGAUCUCCAUCCUCUCCUAGAAGUUCCAUUCCUCACUCCAAUGAGGAGGACUUUCACUCAGAGGAGGAGGAGAGCAGCUUUGAUGAACAGUUCCUUAGGCAUCUCACUGAAGCUGCCCAUAGACGUUGUUUGCUUCGUACUAGGGAGGCUCCAAUACCCUCCAAUGAUCCCACUCCUACUGAUAUGCCCAAUCUUGGUCAUACCUCUGUUGUUAUCUCCCAUGUUCAACAUCAGAAUGCUAACCCCCCGUCUCCUGCUGAUACCAGCAAUGGAUCCAGAAUCUCCCCUGGACCUUCUCCAUCUGAAGCAUCGUCUCUUCCAGAAGCCAUUAAAUCCAAACUUGCUGCUGCUUCCGCAAGGUACAAAGAAUCGAUCUCUAAGAGUAAACAAGGUCUCAAAGAGAAGCUACUUGCUCGCAACAACUCAGUGAAAGAACUGAGCAAAGGAGUACAACGUGAGAUGAACGCUGGAAUAGCUGGGGUUACACGGAUGAUGGAACGCUUUGAUAUUGCUUCAAAACGUUUUGGAGGGUCUACAACUUCCGGAUUCAACUUCUCAUUCAAAGGGAAGCGUGAAGAAGCAGAAGCCACUUCCAACAAUGGGAACAAAAACCGAAUCCCAUAAGCUUACAGGGACGAGGAUAAGUUAAUCUCAGAUAAACCUGUAAUGCAAGCGAUGUAUAUUCUCAUGGAAUCAAGGUCUUCGCAUCCUGCAUUGUUCUGAGCUCUCAUGGUCUCUCUUCUCUCUCGUCUCUGUUUUUGCACUAAAAUAAGUAAAAUCCCUUCUGAGUAAUCUUUUUAUUGCUCGAUUUUCAACUCCUAGUUGGAGUCAAAACUUUGUAUUAGUUAAUAAUUACAAAAAAGGGGUUUUGUUA